AGUAUUACAUGUAACUGACAAAGAGAAUCAGCGCUCGAUGUCUCGCCAUUUCAACGCCGAAUAAUCCCGCCGGAAUUCUUCACGGAUACGAGUGUCACAAUCAAAGGGAUUCGCGUUCAAUAUCGUUAAAGGCUUCUUGUCUUAGAAGAACUCCAAUAUUUGAAGAUGGCUGCUGAAACACAGCAGGUAGAGAAGACGACAGAAGUGAUGGAGUCCUCAGACACGCCCACAAAGGAGGAGCCUGUAACUGACAGCAAGUCCAGGGGUCAUGGAGUGAAGGGGCGUGGCAGAGGUGUGCUCAUGGGCCGCGGAGGUCGUGGCGGGCGAGGGAUGAUGAUGAUGAAAGGGUUUAGACCACCGGGACACAUGAGAGGCAGAGGACGUGACGGGUUUACAAACGGAUUUGGACCCAUGAGGAGGGGCAUGGGUAGAACGUGGCCAUAUCCAGACAUGCGUGGCCGGAGAGGAAGAGGGGGGCCAAUGGGAAUGCACUUGGGUCUGCCCCCGCCCCCACCCAUGCACAUGAGAGGACCCUAUCCCCCAAUGCACAGGCACGGACCGCCUCCCCCUCCACCACCAGGGUACCCGGGGUUCAGAGGGCGGCUCCCACACCCGAGAGGGCGGGGCAUGAUGCCGCCAGGCCCUCCGCGCUAUUUCCACCCGAGAGGCUACCACAACGGAUCGGCCCCUCCACUGCCCCACCCGCCUCCCGGCAGGGGCCGUCGCUGGCCAGGGCCCCCUGGUGGCCGGAGGUUUUAACGCACCUCAGACGUAGCUCAAAUCUGUAGCGCUAACGGCCACCGAAUCAUUUCUGUCCAGACUCGCAGGUCCCUUCUUUGUUAAUGUAUUUGAGGAAAAAGCCCCAGAAACAUUUAAAAGCACUCUGAAUCUGAAGAAGACGAGGAAACAUGUUUAUUUACAUUUUAAGUGUAUUUCAUGAGCAUUUUACUCCUCCUGCCAUUCCUGAGAGCCUUAAAUCUCUUUACACGAAGAAAUGAAAGUCCACCGUCAUUCCUCAAUAUAAAUGUCGUCUUUGGACCUCCCAGACACUGGCCCCUCCCUCCAAUAUGUUCUCAUUGUGUAGUGCUCAUGAAUUAUUAAUGAGGCAAUAUCAUAUAUGUGCAGCUAUUUAACAUUUUGCUGUUAAAGUAUCCAUGUUUUUUGAUUUUUAGCAGUGCACACUGUUGACAUAUGUCACAUAUAUCACAGGAGAGUAGCGCUACAGGUAUACUUCUUUAAUUCAACACUUUAUUUCUAUUUCAAAGCGAGUUUCAGCAGUAUUCUAUUGAAAAUAAUCCGAAAAUAAAAUAGAAAAUCCCAUCUUCUGUGUUGAGUUUUAAGUGUUGACACAUUCACGUAUUGUAACUGAUAACGUCAUGUGAUGUCUGUGAAUGUAAGUUGAACGGAAAACAGAUUUUUGACUUCGGUUUUAGGAACAACACAAAAUAAAGUUAACAAAAUGAUUUCUCUUUUUUGAUUAUUUAAACUAAAACUGAAUGUACGAUUAUUUAAUGUAUUGUAAAAGUACUGAUCUGCACAUUUCUGAAGCAAAAUGGUCAAUCUUUUUUAAUAUUUUUACUAUGCAAAUGAGCACAUAAAUAUUCCACGAUUAUGCAAAUGAGCGCAUUCAUUACUCUGUUUGAAUUUGCACUUUUAUAAUGAAUACUUUUCUUAUUUACAUAAUUGCAGACAUAUGUAAUGUUACAGUUAAUAUAUCAUAGAGGCUUUUAAAGUUACUUGGAGGGCUGAAAAUUAAAUCACAAACAGUCUAAGGAUGUACACAUGAAAUCUUCUCAUUGAUUUGCUUUAUAUGUGAAACUCUCUCAUGUCAGACCUGCAAGUCUCCGACAACAGCAGAAAAACGCAAACUUCUGUCCAUGUAAGCUGAUGUUGAGAUGCAUUUAAAUAUCUGAAAUUGCAUGAAGGUGUAAACAACGGUGCAGUGUUUUCUAUUACAAUGCAUUCUGAUAUAUAUAUAUGGACACCUGAAGAUUCUUAAAGGGACAGUACACCCAAAAAUGUAAACUUUAUCAUCAUUUAUCAUUUAUUGUCACCCUCAUGCCGUCCCAGAUGUGGAAGACUUUCUUUAUUCUGCCGAGCACAAAUUAAGAUUUUAAGUAGAAUAUUUCAGCAGAUUAUUUGUGAAUGGUGACCAAAAGCUCCUUUUAAGCACAUAAAUGCAGCAUAAACGUAAUCCAUACGACUCAAGUGGUUUAAUCCAUGUCUUCUGAAGUGAUAUGAUAGGUGUGGGUGGCGAUAUGCAUGAAGUAUAUGAAUCGCCAAUAAACAAAAGAAGAAAACGUGGAGAUUUGUAGUUGAAAGGACGUAAAUAUUGAUAAAUAUUGAUCUGUUUAUCACCCACACCUCUCAUAUGGCUUCUGAAGACAUGGAUUAAACCACUUGAGUCUCAUGGGGUACUUUUAUGCUGCCUUUAUGUGCUUUUUGGAGUUUCAAAGUUCUCGUCACCAUUCACUUGCCUUGUAUGGACCUACAUAUUGAUCUGUUGCUUACCCACACCUAUCAUAUCACUUCUGAAGACAUGGAUUAAACCACUGGAGUCUUAUGGAUUAAUUGUAUGCUGCCUUUAUAUGCUUUUUGGAGCUUCAAAGUUCUGGUCACCAUUCACUUGCACUGUAAGGACCUACAGAGCUGAAAUAUUCUACUAAAAAUCUUCAUUUGUGUUUGCAAAAGAAAGAAAGUCACACAUCUGGGAUGGCAUGAGGGUGAGUAAAUGAUGACAGAAUUUUCAUUUUUGGGUAUACUGUCCCUUUAAUGUGUUAGCAGGACGCACAAUAUUUUGAUUUGAGUUAUUAGAUAUAUUAACAUCAUGUAAAGUUCACUUUUUGAUCUGAAUCUUUCUUUAUCUGAUAUAAAUGCUACAACAAAUGAAAGAUUAGAUUAAGAUUAAGUGUAAAUUUCAUUUAUAACAGUUAUAAUAAUAGUAAUAUUUUUACUUUUUUGUUCUCAGGUAUUUAAUUCAAUUACAAUAUCACAGAGUGUGUUCAGUUUCUGAAUACUGUAAAAUUACAAUAGCAUUUGCUAGAAGUGAGACUUACAUUUCUGUAGUUCAUUUAUAAUGUAUAAAUGUAACUUUAUAGUCAAGAUCAUGACUCUCAAAUAAGAUAUUAGUGUCCGUCAGCUGUGUUGAGAUUUAUUGGAUCCCCAAACAUCCAUGUGACACAGUCAGCCUGCUGUGAGACUCUUUUGCCCGUCUGUCUGUUCCUCCGAUUGGGCAGUUCUUCUCUUCUGGUUUCA